AGAGCUUAAAGUAACGGCAAUAUUAAUAAUGUCAGAAUUUAAGCAUGGAAUUUGCAGCUGUUGUAAUGAUGUUGGUUUAACUUGUGUUGCGUUUUUUGCGCCAGCUAUAAUUGUAGGAAAAAAUGCUGAACAUGUUGGAGAUAAUUGCUGUAUUUACGGCUGUUUAGGAACAUCUUGCAUCGGAGUGUAUCUCCGAGCAAUGACACGAGAAAAGAUUAGAAAAAAAUUUUAUAUAAAGGGAACUCUUUGUAAAGAUUUAUGCUGUCACCUUUUUUGCUGUUAUUGUGCAUUAAUUCAGGAAGCCCAGUUAUAAUAUCGAUACUUAAUCGGAUUAUUUGAAAUUUCCGCAUCAAGCUGAGCCUUGAAACCGUCAACGGAUGAAGUGCAUACAACUUCUGACAACAAUUAAUUCUAAUGAUUUACUAUUGUAUUUGUAAAAAACUGGUGCCUUUAGUCGCAAUUUUGAAAAAAUUCUCCAGUCAUUUUACAUGAUGUCCUCUAGUUUUAUAUUAUUUAACAACCCAACACAAAGGAUAUGGGGUUCACUCUAUAAGAUAAUGUCUGUGUUACAUUAGACUUUUUCCAUAUUUUAGGACAACAACUGUGAAAGUUCUGAGAAAUUGUGCUUAAAGGUGUUGAGAAGCUGUCAGAACAGUUCUUCACUACAUGUGCGUUUACACCAUCCACACCACUGGUUUUAUCAACUGAAAAAUUGCUUGGCUUGUUUUCAACCAAUUUUGCUUUAUUUGCGAGUAUUUACAAAUGGCUUUAAUUCGUUUUAUGAAACAUGGCAGUUCAUCGUCUUCAUUUAUAUUGAAAACACUUUGAACGUGGUCUUUCAGUAGAUUUGGUAUUUCUAUUAGAUUUGUGAUAGUGUUGCCAUUGCUUUUUUUUAAAGGAUGUUAUUGUAGUUCUAGCAUUUUGUUUGCUAUUAACAUACUUGAACAGCAUCUUUGGGUUGUGCUUCGAUUUCACCGCUAAAUCAAGUUCAAAUUCACGACGAGCUUGAUAUAUGCGCUUCUUCAAUUUAAUAUUACACGCUUUGUAUUUGUUCACUAGUUGAAAAUUUUUAUAUCCUAUACAUCAAAAACAUAGUUUAUUUUUAGCUUUUAUAUUAUUCAUGAUGUCAUCAUUUAUCCAUUCGCUUCUUUAACGAAUCCAUUUUGAAAUAGUCUUUGCAUGCAGCCUCGUAGUGGUUCAGGAAAAUAUUACAACAGUCAUCAGUAUUUCGUCCCUUUAAAUCGAUCUGCCGGUAAAUAUUGUUAAAAUGUUCAGAUAUCUUUACAAAUUUACUUUUGUGAUAAAUUCGUCUUUCAUUGGGUGUCCCUAAAACUGCAGCGCAUUUAACAACGUAAUUCCAUUAAAGAACGUGCACAGUGGGACAGAGUGUGCCAAAAUACCAAAAAAUGAAUGUCGGCAUUGCAUGGUGAAAUUUUGGCGUAAUGGUGAAGACAUGUUCAUUAGAGGAAAUAUCUAGUUAAAAAAAAAUUAAUUACUAAUUUAAGCGUAAAUUUAUGGGGUUAUUUACACGUAAAUUUGACAUGUGUUCCAAAAGGCUAUCUUGCAUUUUUUAUUUAUCAACCUUCUAACGGUACUACUGUUUUGUUUUAACUUUAAUGACUUUCAUUUUCAAAUGUAUUACUUUAAUUAGCAAUGUUUUUUUCGCUCAGACUUUUAAAAGUAAUUUAAUGUAAUCAUAAGUUUUUAUGCAUUGAAAACAGAAAGUUUUCGAAA